ACAGUUGACAACAAAAGUCUCUCUCUCUCUCUCUCUCUCUCUCGGUGUGUCUCUAUCUCAUUCCCGUUGUAGCAACGGCUUGGCGACACGAUGCAUAGACAAUCCUUGGGUUCUCCUUCUCCCAAAGUCCCCAAGCUCAUCACCGACGAAGACGACGAUGCUCCCAAACCUCACCGUCUCAGUCUCAGCCUCUCCUCGCCGCCGCCUCCGCCGCCGCACAAGUUCGUCCACCUCAUUCCUCUCCUCACUCUCCUCUGCUUCUUCGUCCUCUACCUCUUCUCCCACUCUCCCUCUCCAUCAGACUUGAAUCAUUUCACCGGAUUCAACCGCUCGCCCUCGCACCGUCUAGAUUUGGCGGAGAAGAUCGGCGGCGACAUUGGACAAUACAUGGAUGUAAAAAGAAGCGAUGUUUUGGCGAUCCGAAGUUUGCAACAGCUUCCGAAACCUCGCCCUCACCGGAAACUCGCCGAUUUUUAAGCUCGCACGUGCUCUUCGCUUAUUUUCCUUAAUAUUCUUGUUCCUGUUGUACAUCAUAUUUGCUUUUAUUUAUCGCUCGAGAAAAAAAUAAAAUCAUUUUCACCUUCUUACA